GAUCCCUGUCACCUGGGUGGCCCUCGGGUUCGUGCGGCCUAAGCUCUUCUCCAGGAAGCCGCUCUGAGGACCCCUGGAACCCAGAUCCUAUAGCCUCUGUGAACGGCUUCUCCAGGGUAUGAUCCUUGAGGAAGAACAAGCCAGUUCUUGCAAUUCUAGAAUCAUGGCUCAUAGGAUGGUGAUGUUCAGAGAUGUGACAGUGGACUUUUCUCAGGAAGAGUGGGAGUGCCUGAGUUCUUACGAGAGGGAUCUGUACAGAGAUGUGAUGUUGGAGAACUACAGCCACUUGGUGUCGCUGGCAGGAUGUUCCAUUUCUAAGCCAGAUGUGAUCACCCUGUUGGAACAAGGCAAGGAGCCCUGGAUGAUUGUGAAGGCUGAGAAGAGAAGGUGGAGCCGAGAUCUGGAAUCCAGAUACAGCAGUAAAGUGUUAGUUCCAGAAAAGAAUACUUACGAAAUCAAUCUAUCUCCGUGGGAAAUAGUGGAAAGAAUUAAAAAGCAUGGCCUCGAAGGCUCCCUUUGUGGGAAAGACUUUGAAUAUAAAAUAUUUGAAGAACAAGAGAACUCUCAUAGGGUAUAUUUCAGACAUCUGAUAAAAACCACCUCUGGAAAAAGACCUCCGUACAGAAAAAGCACAUCUGUUAGUCUCUAUCAGAAGAAUCCUAACCGAGAAAAGCCUUACGAAUGUGGGGAUUGUGGGAAGGCUUUCAGAGUCCGCCAACAACUUACUUUCCAUCAGAGAAUCCACACAGGCGAGAAGCCCUACGAAUGCAAGGAAUGUGGCAAAGCCUUCCGACAGUGUGCCCACCUCAGUCGCCAUCAGAGGAUCCACGCCUCUGACAAACUCUACGAGUGUAAGAAGUGUGCAAAGAUCUUCACGUGUAGCUUGGACCUUCGAGGGCAUCAGAGGUCUCACGUGGGCGAGAAGCCCUACGACUGUAAAGAGUGUGGGAAGGCCUUUCGAGUCCGGGGACAGCUCAUGCUCCACCAGAGGAUCCACACCGGCGAGAAGCCGUACGGGUGCACCGAGUGCGGGAAGAGCUUCAGGCAGGUAGCACACCUCACUCGGCAUCAGAGGCUCAGCGGUGACAGCUCGCGCCACGCGUGUAAGGAGUGUGGCCAGGCUUUCCUGUGCAGCACCGGCCUGCGGCUGCAUCACAAACUGCACACGGGAGAGAAACCCUACGGCUGCAAAGAGUGUGGGAAGGCGUUUCGGGUGCGGCAGCAGCUCACCCUGCACGAGAGGAUCCACACCGGCGAGAAGCCCUUCGACUGCAAGGAGUGCGGGAAGAGCUUCAGCCGCGGCUACCAUCUCACCCUUCACCAGAGGAUCCACACUGGGGAGAAGCCUUACGAGUGCAAGGAGUGUCGCAAGUUCUUCCGCCGGUACUCGGAGCUCAUUUCCCACCAAGGCGUGCACAUUGGAGAGAAACCCUAUGACUGCAAGGAGUGCGGGAAGGCUUUUAGGCUGUUCUCCCAGCUGACUCAGCACCAGAGCAUCCAUUUUGGUGAGAAGCCGUAUAAAUGUAUGGAAUGCGAGAAGACGUUCAGGCUCCUCUCACAACUUACGCAGCAUCAGAGCAUUCACACGGGCGAGAAGCCCUACGAUUGUAAGGAGUGCGGGAAAGCCUUUCGGCUCCACUCGUCCCUCAUUCAGCACCAGAGAAUCCACUCUGGCGAGAAACCGUACAAAUGUACAGAGUGUAAGAAGGACUUCCGUCAACACUCGCACCUCACCUACCAUCAGCGAAUUCAUAAGAAUUCUUAAGGUGAGAAAUUUGGGGAAGAUAAAAAAUGCAGAAAGACCUUUCCUCCUGGCCCUAAACUUACUCGAUACCGUGAGGUUCAUGUUGGCAAGAAGGCAUUUCAGUGUGAAGAGUGUGGCAAGGCUUUCAGCUUCCGUUCUAGCCUCACUGGUCACAAGAGGAUUCACACUGGGGAAAAGCCUUUCAAAUGUAAGGAGUGUGGGAAAGCCUUCAGAUUUCAUUCACUGCUUAGCGUCCAUGUCCGGACUCACACUGGCGAGAAGUCUUAUGAAUGUAAGGAAUGUGGAAAGUACUUUAAUUACAGCUCCGACCUGACUCGCCAUCACCGGAUUCACACUGGAGAAAAGCCCUAUCAGUGUAGGGAAUGUGGAAAAGCCUUCAGCUGUGGCUCAGACCUUACUCGUCACGAGAGGAUCCACACUGGCGAGAAGCCCUACGAGUGUAAUGAGUGCGGGAAGGCUUUUAUCCAACAGUCUCAUCUUAUUAAACAUCAGAGAAUCCACACAGGUGAAAAGCCUUACAUCUGCAAGGAGUGUGGGAAAGCCUUCACGUGUGGGUCACAGUUAAGUCAACACAGGAAGAUUCAUACUGGCGAUAAAUUGCAUAAAUGUAAGGAAUGUAAAAACUCCUUUAGUUUUGCCUUAGAUCAUACCCAGCGGCAGCUAAUUUACAUUGGUGAGAAGUUCUUUGAAGAUAAGGAAAACGGGAAAGCAUUCUUUCCAGACCCAGAAUUUCCUCGGUGUGAGACAGUUCACACCGGUAAGAAACUGUACGAGUGUAAAGAAUGUGGCAAGGCCUUCAGUCUGCGUUCCAUCGUUAGUAGUCUUAAGAAAAUUCAUAACAGGGAGAAACUUUUUAAAUGUAAGGACUGUGAAAAGGCCUUCCGUUGCCCCUCAGACCUCUCUCGACAUCAGAAGAUUCACACUGGAGAAAAGCCCUACAAGUGUAAGGAAUGUGGGAAAGGCUUUAUUUGCAGAUCCGACCUUGGCCGGCAUCAGAGAGUUCACACCGGUGUGAAGCCUUAUGUUUGUAAGGAGUGUGGGAAAGCCUUCACCCGUGGAGCACACCUGACUCAACAUCAGAAAAUUCAUAGUAAGAAAGCACACGAAUUCAAUGAAGGAGAAAAGGCCUUUGGUUCUGGUUUAGAACCCACUCCACAUUCCUUGAUUCAUACAGGAGAGAAAUUCUGGGAGGGUAAGGAAUAUGGAGAGACCGUCCUUCGUGAUCCAGAACAUACUCAACUUCAGACUGCUAAGACAACAUAUGACUGUAAGGAGAAGGGCAAGGACUUUAGUUGGCGUUCACAUGAUACAGAUCUCAAGACUAUUCAUAUUCGGGAGAAACGUUUUCAAUGCAAGGAAUGUCCGAAGGCCUUCAGAUACAGCUCAGAACUGACCCGACAUCAGAGACUGCAUACUGGAGAAAAGCCAUAUAAAUGUCAGGAGUGCUGGAAAGCAUUUGCUUCUGCAUCAGACCUCGCCCGGCACCAGAGGAUUCACACUGGUGAGCGGCCCUAUGAGUGUAAUGAAUGUGGCAAAGCCUUUAUUCAGCAGUCACAUCUCAUUAAACAUCAGAGAGUUCACAGUGUCGAGCAGCCCAAGGACGUGCUGAAUGCAGAGAAGCCGUUGCUCGGCAGUCAGAUGCUAUUAAGCAUGAGAGAGUUCACACUGGUCAACAAUCUUAUAAAUUUAAGGAGUGUUGGGAAGAUUCUGCUCAUGGCUCAGCUCAAUCAGUGUCAGAAGAUUUAUACUGAUGAGAAAUUAAGUUAAGGUGGGGAACUUGGAAAAGCCUAUUUCUAGGUUUCAGAUCUUACCCAAGCACUAGAAUGUCCACACUGGUGGGAAAUCUAAGACAGAUCUGGGGAAGCCUUCAGCUGUAACUCAAGUCUCUGUCCAUGUCAGUCCCUGGGGUAGAGAAUCCUACAGUGUAAACAGGGUGGAGAAUUUCGUGGGCUCAUGGCUUGCUCAAAGGGAGAAAAUUCAUGAGAGGAAACUGGAUAUAAGGAAUAUGGAAAGACCUUUCUUCCUGGUCCAAAAUUUAAUAGACAUCUAUAAAAUCAUGCUGACUAAAAGAACUGAAUGCAAGGAAUUUAGAAACAUUCGUGAUUCUGAACUGAUAGCAAAUAAAUACUCAAAAGAUACCUAAGAGAUGUGGAAAUGCAUUUCAGAGUCACAGCUUUAGAGAGUGAAGACUGGCAAGCAACCCUGGCUAUCCAAGAAAGGUAGAAAACCUUUUCUCUUAGACUUGCCUCUCAUAUGACAGAAAAUUCAUAGUGUCACAGAGCCCCAAAAUGUAUGAAAAGUGAUUUUAAUUAUUAGGUCAACAUGGGUCCAUACCUGGACAUUCAUACUUUUUUCUGUGGUGUGAAACCCAGAGCCUGUGUGCUGAGCUACGGCCCCAGCCUCACUUUUGAGGAAACCCAUGAAGAUAAAUAUGUUGAGAUGUUUUUCUAAGAGUGUGGACGCCCGACUCGCCAGCAAGGAAGACCCCACAACAGGAUUCUUCUACACACGUUUAUUGGGAAGGUCUGUGAGUGGAUGCGAAAGACCCUGAGCCCGGAAAAUGGCACUGCUUAUAUAAGCCUAGGAGUGGCGUGGCCCCACAGGAUUGGUUCCGCUUACAGUCUCUCAUUUACACGACCCGGGGCGGGCAGUGACUUGGCACUUUACCCAUCCUGCACAUGCGCACAUUGCUUAUUCACACCGCUUCAGGUUGCAGUCAGCGCCAUCUUGUAAUGGACGCUGAUCUGUGGCUUCCCACAUCUCCCCCUUUUUUAUUUCUUACAAGCCUAUCCCUACGAUCUAGUCAUGAUCUUCCUCAGACCAUAAUGAUCAAGGAGGGAAAAAUCAGGUGGGCAAAGAUCACCCUAUCGCGUGCAAUGGGCAACAUCCCAGCAAUGUGCAAGGGCUGACCUAGCCUGGUGAACCUCACUUGUCCCAGUGCAAUGGGUAAAACCCCUGGGGUGCAAAAGCUGAGGACUCAAGCGCCCGUUAUUUAUGUAGCAUAGCCAGCCACACUUUGGGGGAGGUACCUUGUUCAAUGGCCAUGAGUGCUUGGGCAACAAUCACCUUGUCACAUUUCUGUUGAGAUCUGAAUUUGCAGACCAACCAUAGCAGAAACACAAAUCCACAGCAUAUAAUUGUGCCAAAAAGAAAUAUUCCCACCCAUUCCUUAAAGUAAGAAAAUGAAGAGGUAAGCCAAGAAGUAAAAUUGCCAAA